AUGCCACCGAAAAGUGUCCAUCAACGUAAAAGUUUGUCAAAGCGUUAUUCAACAUCGACAAUCCAUGAUGAUUCAAGUGAUGAAAAAGCUGAACCGUAUCAUUGCAAAGGAAAAUUUAUCGAAGAUUUCGAUGCGCUAUGUCGACAAGCACAAGUUACUUUUAUGAUUCCAGUUGUUACACGAGCACGAGUGCCGGGAACUCCAAUGGCAGCUUCAUCAACAGCAGAAGUCAAAGACAAGGCGGCUCCAAAAGGUGCGAAAGCAGCUGCCAAUAAAGAACGAGAAGCUGCAGCAGCAGCAGCCGCCGCCGCCGCCGCCGCCGCCGCUGCCCUCCAACAGCAACAAUCACAUACGGACGGUGAUCUUGGAGAAUCCUCUCGUGAGGAAGCGAUACCUAAAACAUAUACUCUUUGUGACCAUCUCAAAUAUUUUAAACCGAAAAUCCAAGUAGAAAUGGAAAAUCCCGAUAAACAAGAUACUUUGACGGAAAUUCAUAUUCACGGAUGGAAAAUUGAUCGACAAAUCUUAGAUUUCUUCGUUCAAUCCUUUCCAACACUAGAUCGACUACAUACACUUAAUUUUUGGCAUACCGGCUUUACUGAUGACACUCUGAAACAAUUAGCGUCUUUCCUUCCAAAAUGUCCAAGCAUUCGCACGUUAGUUCUCGAUAAUAAUCCGAUUCCACUCGAGCGCUACGAUGUGCUUUUGAUGGAUGAUAACUCUCCGAUUGUAAAUUUAUCUCUUCGACAUUGUCGAAUUACCGAGCGUGGCGCUGCAUCGAUUGCUCAAGGUUUAGGAAAUGAACGAAGACAAAACAAAAAACUUCAAACACUUAAUUUAGCGUACAAUUCAUUAGGUGAUAUCGGUGCUGAAUAUAUCGCACAAGGUUUGAGGUUUAAUCGAACUUUGCUUGUGCUAAAUUUAAGUGCUAAUGACAUUACUGAUCAAGGUGCUCGAAAACUCGCUGAAGUACUCAGCAAAUUUCCAUUAACACAAGAAGAAUUGGCCUAUCGAAGAAAAUUAAUUCUAUAUUCAUCAUCAGAACACGCCGCUGGUGCUCAUUCAGCGCGGCGAGGAGAUCGACGAACGUCGUUCAAUUCAAGUCCAACAGGUGUGUCCAGAAAAAAAUCAGGCCUGGCAGCUGCGACACUACCCGCCAAAAUCAAAGGUGGAACGGGUACAACGGGCGGCAAAGCUGAUGGUAAAGAGACCUUGAAAGCGCCAAAAAAAGAAGAUAAGGCCGCGAAGAACAACGCAACCAUCGCUGCUAGUAAAACGACAAAAGGCCCGGCUGGUAAACCAAGUACCGAAAAAAAUUCGAAACUAUCGAGCACAAUGAAAGCUUCGGAUAAGAACGCAGGAAAUCGUUCGGCGACACAAAGUGAAACUGAAUUCAAUCUCGGCGAAGGUAUUCCAUUACUUGAUCCGAAUGCCGUCCUAGUCGAUGAUGAUUUUGUUCUCCCGGGAAACCGUUGUUUACUUAGUUUAAAUCUAACAAAAAAUCAUAUAUCUGCAACAGGAGUUGAACAUUUUCUUCAAGCAAUACGAUAUCAAAAGACGUUUGCUGAUUUAAACUAUUCGGCACGAAAUUCUUCAUCAGCUGGGAACCCGGUGAAUCCCAGUCAAGGUCUUCUUCGACUUGAAUUACAGCGCAAUGAUUUCGUUACUUCCGAAUGUGAGGCUUUCGAAAAGAUUGAAAACUUGCUCAGAAACCGUCGUGAACCUAUUUUCAAAAGCAAAGAACCUGAAGAGAUUCCAACCAGUGGCAGAGAAACGGCUGGCGCUUCUCAUUCAAAAACCCGUACAGGUUCCUAUUAA